GCGACGUUACUUUUGGUCUUUUCAAAUGAGCUACCAACAGGUGUUCAGACACGCUGCCGGAGAAAGAGGAAAGCGUCCGGAGAGUAACUGUGCGUGAGCGCCCGGGGCGGGCCCGGGAGGGGAGCACUCUCCCAGGCCGGCUGGAGCUCGGGGAGGGGCCAAUCGGGGCUCACUACUCGCCGGGUGCGUAACUCGCCUUGGUGCCAGUUGGAAAGGCUCCUUCACUUCGGAGAUUGCUCCACAGCCAUGUCCGGGAUCUGGGUUCACUUGUCACUGGAGCUUAUUUUUCUGAGGAACUCAAGCCUACAACUGACUAAGAUAAGUUUGACAGUGUCCCUUAUGGAUUUUGUCUCCCAAACAAAGGAACCAAUAUUGAAAGAAGUUCAUUUUUCCUGAAUAAAAGUGAAGAACAUCCUGUUGGAUUUAUUGUGAAAGCCACCAGGCUCUUCUGUCCAUGAUUCUCCAGGCAAGAAUACUGGAGUGGGUUGCCAUUUCCUUCUCCAGCAGAUCUUCCCCACCCGGGGAUUGAACUUGAGUCUUCUGCACUGUUGGGCAGAUUAUUUACUGUCUGAGCCACCUGUUAGUGCUGGUUAACCAGGAAGGAUUUCAUCAGCACUGAAGAUUCUGUCACUAUAUAUAAAAAAGGAAGAAACAGAACAUGCUAUAUUUAUCUCUGUUUCUGGACCACUGUCUAAAGGUGAAAAUGCCCACAUGGCUGGUGUCAACUCUGAAGGGCUGAGAUUGAAUAAGAAUAUUACUGAAGCAAGUUCCUGCCAAGAAGGCCUAUAUCGUGAGCAUCUGUUCUGCUGUCAGCCUUGUCCUCCUGGCAAACGUAAAAACGGUGAAUGCAAACGCGAUGGAGAUAUGCCAGAAUGUGUGCUCUGCUCGGAGGGGAACGAGUACACAGACAAGAGCCAUCAUUCUGAUAAAUGCAUAAGGUGCAGCGUCUGUGAUGAAGAACAUGGGCUAGAAGUGGAACACAACUGUACUCGGACCCGGAAUACCAAGUGCAGAUGCAAAUCGAACUUUUUUUGUAACAGUUCUCCAUGCGAACACUGUAACCCUUGCACCACGUGUGAACAUGGAAUCAUUGAGAAAUGCACACCAACUAGCAACGCCAAAUGCAAAGGAUCCAGAUCUCACGCAAACAGUUUAUGGGCCCUCCUGAUCCUCCUCCUCAUCCUAAUAUUUCUAAUAAUAUACAAAGUGGUGAGAAGUCGACGCAGGAAUGAAAAGAAUGGUAAUUGCGUCUCUGCAGCCUCAAAUGAUGAAGGGAGGCAACUGAAUUUAACAGAUGUUGACUUGGGUAAAUAUAUCCCUAGUAUUGCUGAACUAAUGAGAAUAACUGAAGUUAAAGAAUUUGUUCGGAAGAAUGGUAUGGAGGAAGCCAAAAUAGAUGAUAUCAUGCAUGACAAUCUCCAUGAAACAGCUGAACAGAAGGUCCAACUGCUCCGCAAGUGGUAUCAAAGUCACGGGAAGAAAAAUGCAUAUUGUACGUUGACUAAAAAUCUCCCAAAAGCUCUUGCAGAGAAGAUUUGUGACAUACUCAUGAAGGACAUUACUAAUGAACGUGAAAAUGCAAACUUGCAAAAUGAAAGUGAAAACUUGGUUUAAAGUGAAAAACAACUAACUCAGUUCUGAGACUAUACUAAAUAUUCUAAAUAUGUUCAAAUAAGUUCUGAGUAGCUAUAGAUAUUGCUUGGCUUGGCUUUUUACUGGAUGUGUUUUCUUUUUUUCAUUGAUUAGAUUUGUAGAGCUAAUAUAUUUGCUCAAAGCUAUUUGUAGGGCUAAUAGCUUUGAGCAUUUUGUGAUUCUGCCUUCAAGGGUUUUUAAAGUCUAGUUGGGGAGAUGAAUGCUGGUGAGAGUAAAUACCCAUGUUCAUCUUCUUGCCUGUUGUGUUAAAAAGCAUGUUAAAAAGUGUGUAAAAAAGCGUGUAUUCAAAGAUUGAGAUCAUGCUCAAGUGUGUAACAUAUGAUUCUGUCAGUGUGAAUGUAAUUAAUGUAUGUGAACACAAAUGCCUAUCCACAGGUUGACCCCAUUCCACGAAUUAGUAGAUGUGAUCAUUGUUGCCAUGUAACAGUCAACUGCCUCUAAAUUACUUCCCCAGCUCCACUGAUAAUUCUAGAGAUUUUGCCAUAUUUAUAAAUUUUGUUUACACCUUUGAGAGGAGUAUAUUCAGGGAAAACUUGCACAUAUCCUCUGAAUGUAAAAUUUAAUAAGGUUCUACCUCAGAGAUCUUUGCACAAAUUAUUGGCCUUUCAUAGUGAAAUAUUUCCAUUUUGGAUUCACAUAGAAAAUGCAGACUCAAUUAUAAUGCUUGACUAUUUUAUAUUUGUCACUUUGGAUCAAAUAACCCACUUCUUUCUCAGGUGUCAAACAUUUUGAUCAGGAAAGAAUUACUAGAUCACUGUCAUCUCUCUAUUUUCACCUUCCUUGAUGUGCAUCUUGGUAGACUGUGUAUCCCCAGACUUGAAAGGACUUUCUAAGAAACACUGAAUGAUUCAUGAAAAACUGGGGCUGCCCUUAGAAACAUCUAGCUUGGUUUGGAGAGAUCAGCUGCUCUUAUGGAAGGUAGCUUUGUGGCAUAUCGUGAACCCAUGUCCAUCACCAAAGCUGAUAAGAUAGAUUCUUAUUUUGUUCCAUCCCCCACAAAGUGCUCAGUAACUUGCCAUGUGUUCUCUGUUGGUGUAAAGUCAGCUUAUACACAGCAGAAGUGAAAUCAUACUGCUGCUGCUGCUGCUGCUGCUGCUAAGUCGCUUCAGUCAUGUCCGACUCUGUGCGACCCCAUGGACUACAGCCCACCAGGCUCCCCCAUCCCUGGGAUUCUCCAGGCAAGAACACUGGAGCGGGUUGCCAUUUCCUUCUCCAAGGCAUGAAAGUGAAAAGUGAAAGUGAAGUUGCUCAGUCGUGUCCGACUUGGUGAUCCUAUGGACUACAGGGCUCCUCCGUCCAUGGGAUUUUCCAGGCAAGAGUACUGGAGUGGGGGGCCAUUGUCUUCUCCAGAAAUCGUACUAGGUGUUAAGAAUUGCUUCUGUUGUUUUCUGUAGCUUCUUAGACAAGCCCCUCUCCCCACUAUCACUUCCUUGCUUUUACAUUUAAACACUUUUGAAAGUUUGUAUUAACUGUGAAUGUUAAUAAAUAUUAUUUAUAUUUA